AUGUCGACACAAUCCAUCUACCCUACCACCUCAUCGUUACAAUAUCAAUCAUCAUCACAUCCUUCACUACAACAUAGACAGAAUCCACAGAAGAUGAGCAUCACACAAACAUUCUACCUGGCACACAAGGCCCGAGGCAAGCUCUCAUCUGAGGCUUCCCGAUCAGACCACAACCUCCGCCUUCUAGUCGGACACGCAAACCUUUUGGACACAUUGAUGAUCCACCUGUCAGAAGCCGAGCGCGACCAGGAGACCUGGUACAACAACACGGUUCGCGGAAACGAGGAGUCAAGGGAAUCAGUACAGCAAUGGCCUGAGACAAUCCCCGAGGAGACAGAAGAGUAUGGAUCAUUGGCCGCCGACUACGAGUCAGACUCAGAGUCGAGCGAAGAGGAGGAAGAGGAGGAGGAUGAAGACGAGGAGAUGAUGGAUCUCGACAUGAGCUACGACCUUACUCUUACCCGCGAGCCAUCACAUCCAUCAGCAUACACCAAGUACUACCAGACACACGGCACCGUCAUUGGCGUAUCAGAAGUUGGCGAGGAUGAUGAGGAAUAUGAGGACGAUUGCGAUGAGGACGGCAUGUUUUCUCUCACGCGAACAACAUCGCACCGCCCACCUUCGCUGUGCUCCGAUCUUUCGGAUGACGAGGAUGAAGACUCGAAUCCACCUUCGCCUCCUCAGCCUACAAUGUCGCAUCCGCCCAUGUCGCACAAGGAACAAGAACAAGCCCGCGCCUACUUUGAACACAACGAUACACCAGGUCUAAGCGAAGAACGGGGAUCAUUAUUCGAACACGAUUAUUUCGUACCCGAUCGAUCAUCACCGACAAUGAUAAGCACUUUCUAG